UAAAAACGAAUAAAUGAAGGUGACGAUGGACUCCACGCACCAAAUCACGCACGCCCAAUUGCACUGCAGUCUCGCUUUUGCUUUUCCCGAGAUUCCCAUUUCUUCCAAAAGCCGUUACUAAUCUCGUCUUUCACUCUCUCUCUCUCUCUCUCUAUAUAGUCUCAUCUAUAUAGCCCUGAUUUCAUCCUCUUCAUACCUCAACAAUACGAUUCCUCUAGCAGUCUUCGAUGGGGGUGACGGAUCAGAAACCCAAAUCGGAUAUCUCAUUCGCCGGAACCUUCGCCAGUAGCGCCUUCGCUGCUUGCUUCGCUGAGAUAUGUACUAUUCCAUUGGACACUGCUAAGGUUAGGCUUCAGCUCCAAAAGAAGGCAGUUGAAGGGGAGGGAAUGGCUUUACCGAAAUAUAGAGGCAUGUUGGGUACGGUUGCUACCAUUGCUAGAGAAGAAGGUCUAUCAGCUCUCUGGAAGGGCAUCAUACCAGGAUUACAUCGUCAAUGCUUAUUUGGUGGUUUAAGGAUCGGGUUGUAUGAACCAGUUAAGAACUUGUACGUGGGUAAUGACUUUGUUGGAGAUGUUCCUUUAUCCAAGAAAAUACUUGCUGGACUCACAACUGGUGCUCUGGCAAUUAUGGUGGCAAAUCCAACCGAUCUUGUGAAGGUUCGACUUCAAGCUGAAGGAAAACUGCCACCUGGUGUGCCAAGGCGUUAUUCUGGAGCACUCAAUGCUUACUCAACAAUAGCGAGACAGGAAGGAGUUGGGGCUCUAUGGACUGGACUUGGGCCAAACGUAGCACGGAAUGCUAUUAUCAAUGCUGCUGAGCUUGCUAGUUAUGAUCAAGUGAAGCAGACAAUUCUAAAGAUUCCAGGGUUUACAGAUAAUGUUUUCACUCAUCUGCUAUCUGGUCUGGGUGCUGGAUUUUUUGCAGUCUGCAUUGGCUCCCCAGUUGAUGUGGUCAAGUCAAGAAUGAUGGGAGAUCCCACAUACAAAAGUACGCUCGACUGUUUCAUCAAAACUUUAAAGAAUGAUGGACCUUUGGCUUUCUAUAAGGGCUUUAUGCCAAAUUUUGGACGGCUUGGAUCUUGGAACGUGAUCAUGUUUCUGACCUUGGAGCAGGCUAAGAAGUUCGUUAGAAGUAUAGAAUCAGGUUGAGCUUGAAAGUUGGACGAAUGAAGCCGGGAACUAGAUGAUGAUGUUUAGAAAAGAAAUAAGAUUCUCAUUUCUUCUUGUUCUCAUUUUUUGAGACUCAAUAAAGAGUCCUAUAAGGGAUAGAUACAUUUUGACUGAUCCUCCAAAAUUUUGAGGCUUUUAAUCAAUUUAUAUUUUAUUUUCUCUAUCAUGAAUAAAUGCAAGGUUUUUGUGAA